AGUGCCUGUGGGGCAAGAUGCGUGUUGGCCGGUGUUGUGCCGCCGCAGGUUUGGAAGUAUAGGGGCUGGAGGGGCCUGGCCCGAUUACAGCUUUCGACCCGUUUUCUCCCCGCCCUUCCUCAGGUGCGCCCACCCUUGCCAGUCUCCCUUCCCCACCCUGGGCAGCCCCUGGAACUCACGGAGUAUCUUUAAAGAAGAGACCCUCGGAAGGGUCUUCUCUUAAGAAGAUUAUAAGAAGGUAGUGGAAACGAGCCUCCUGAGCUUUUCCGGCCCUAAAUGGCUGCAGAAUCAAGAAAGUCUUUAGCCCCAUCCCCUCCAGACCAGGCUCCUGAAGAGGAUCUUGUAAUUGUUAAGGUGGAGGAAGAUCAUGGUUGGGACCAGGAAUCAAGUCUACAUGAAAAUAACCCUCCUGGCCAAGAGCUGUUCCGCCUGCGCUUCAGAAAGUUAUGCUACCAAGAGACACUAGGACCCCGAGAAGCUCUUAUUCAACUCCGGGCACUUUGCCAUCAGUGGCUGAGGCCAGAUUUGAAUACCAAGGAGCAGAUCUUGGAGCUGCUAGUGCUGGAGCAGUUCUUGACCAUCCUGCCUGAGGAUCUCCAGACUCUGGUUAAGGAACAUCAGCUCGAGAACGGAGAGGAGGUGGUCACGCUAUUGGAGGAUUUGGAAAGGCAGAUUGAUAUACUAGGACGGCCAGUCCCGGCGCGUGCACAUGGACAUAGGGUAAUGUGGGAGGAGUUGGUGCAUUCAGAAUCUGCACCAAAGUCUCCAGAUACUCAGCUCCAACCUGUGGCAACCCAGCAGAAAUCUCCAGUGCUCCAAGGGCCACAAGAGAGAGCCAUAUCUACUCAGAGUCCUGCCCCUCCCCAGAAGGGAAGUCCUGGAGACCAGGAGAUGACAGCUACACUUCUUACAGCAGGAUUCCAGACUUUGGAGAAGAUUGAAGACAUGGCUGUGUCCCUAAUUCGAGAGGAGUGGCUUCUUGAUCCAUCACAGAAGGAUCUGAGUAGAGAUAACAGGCCAGAGAAUUACAGAAACAUGUUCUCCCUGGGUGGUGAGACCAGGAAUGAGAACAGGGAAUUAGCUUCGAAACAGGUAAUAUCUACUGGAAUCCAACCACAUGGAGAAACAGCUGCCAAAUGCAACGGGGAUGUUAUCGGGGGUCUUGAGCAUGGAGAAGCUCGAGACCUUCUGGGCAGAUUAGAGAGGCAGCGGGGAAAUCCCACCCAAGAGAGACGACAUAAAUGUGAUGAAUGUGGGAAGAGCUUUGCUCAGAGUUCAGGCCUUGUUCGCCACUGGAGAAUCCACACUGGGGAGAAACCCUAUCAGUGUAAUGUGUGUGGUAAAGCCUUCAGUUACAGGUCAGCCCUUCUUUCCCAUCAGGAUAUCCACAACAAAGUAAAACGCUACCACUGUAAGGAGUGUGGUAAAGCCUUCAGUCAAAACACAGGCCUGAUCCUGCACCAGAGAAUCCAUACUGGGGAGAAGCCGUAUCAGUGCAAUCAGUGUGGGAAGGCUUUCAGUCAGAGUGCGGGCCUUAUUCUGCACCAGAGAAUCCACAGUGGGGAGAGACCCUAUGAAUGUAAUGAGUGUGGGAAAGCUUUCAGUCAUAGCUCACACCUCAUUGGACAUCAGAGAAUCCACACUGGGGAGAAGCCCUAUGAGUGUGAUGAGUGUGGGAAAACCUUCAGGCGAAGCUCACAUCUUAUUGGCCAUCAGAGAAGCCACACUGGGGAGAAACCGUACAAAUGCAAUGAGUGUGGGAGGGCCUUCAGUCAGAAGUCAGGCCUUAUUGAACAUCAGAGAAUCCACACUGGAGAAAGACCCUAUAAAUGUAAAGAAUGUGGGAAAGCUUUCAAUGGGAACACUGGCCUCAUUCAGCAUCUGAGAAUUCACACAGGGGAGAAGCCCUAUCAAUGUAAUGAGUGUGGGAAAGCCUUUAUUCAGAGGUCGAGUCUCAUUCGACAUCAGAGAAUCCACAGUGGAGAAAAACCUGAAUCCAUAGGAGUUUAGGAAGAAACUUCAGUCAUAGUUUGGGCAUUAUUCAGCAUUAGAGAAACCACAUGCCAGUAAGAGGUCUUUCAGUGUGGUAAAAAGGCAGAAAGUUUGUCAUCAUUGUAACCUUACCUAGGGUCAGAAUCAAUAGUGGUGGCAAAGUUAGAAUAGCUCUUCAGUAGUUUGGGCCCAGUGCCUUGAUGCAGGUUGAUUAGCUUGACAUUCUUGCAAAGUAUCUGAUGGAGUGGAGCUCCCGAUGGCCUAGUGCAUCCUUUAGAAACUUAAAAUAGCAUUAGAGCAAGUUGCUUGUCGUGGCUCGAGGCACUUAAUUUUGUUUUUUGGGUGAGUAGCUGUAGGUUUGAGAGAGGCUGCUCCUAGUUCCUCUGCUUUUUCCCAUCUCUGUGAUCUCCCAUUUAUUCCCCUGAAGGUGCACUUGUGCUCCUAAUCUGAUCUAAGAAGCUGCUUUAGAGUGCAGAGCAGCCUCUGUAUAAGACUUAUAUUUGUAUUUAGCUUUCUAAGAUGCUAGUUCUAGGGAAAUUUUUACAGACACUUAGUGUAUUUAUGCUUAAGUGCGCAUUCUAUUUUAUUCCAAUGUUCCUGCUAGUCAGUGGAAAUCCAUGUUCCCAUGCAAACUCAGAAUGCUAUAUUUUUAACAGCACUCCAGCAUUUUUCUUCAUAUAUCACCUUCACUGACUCCACUGAGUCAUUGAACAUCCAUACGUAUCCUUCACAACCCCCAGUCCCAGUACCUGUGUCAGCAAAGGAAGUGGACGCAUUAGUGAUGGUUGUGGGAUGUUGCAGAGAAAGAGGUGAGUGGAGACUCAGCCCAGUGGCUCUUGAGCUUCGAUGGUUGUACCUUUUGGUGGCUUCUGGCUCUCCUUCCUACCUUCCCACUGUACACUGUGGUACAAGUAGGUGUUUACACUAUCCUAGUUAGGGCAUCACCUGGGAGAAAGAGGAGACAGAGGUGCUUGAGGAAGAUAGUAAAAUCCUUACAAAGAAUGUACACUUGUCCCUUUAGGCCCAUUACAGUACUGCUUUCUCAGGUUCCUAUCAGUCUGCACAAACCCCCUGACCAGAUGGUCUGUCACUCUUGUCAUUACCCUGGAUCCACCUCCUUAGAUGGCCUCAGCACCUCACUCAUCAUUCUCCAUCUGUUUCUUGCCAUUUGUUUUAUAUAUCCACAGUGACAAUCUGUCAAAUACUUCACCUUAAAAUUCCUCAUUCUUCUGAAUUCUGGUGUACUCCAUCUGUAAUCCAGCAAAGGCACAAUAUUAAACUCAUCAUCAUCAAGCACUGUAUUUCAUCUUUGAGGCUUUCACUAUACCAAGGGAUAUUAUGUUAAGUAAUGAGGCUAGUUUAAAGUAACACACCAGAACUUAGGCAUCCAAACGUGGGUUGUCCUUUAAAUUGAGCAUUCUAGUUAUUCCAGUAGUGCUGUUAUUCCAAUAGUGCUACCACUCCUCCACAUAUUUGGAACACUCCCCAAAUUCCCAUUUAAUAAACCAUACAAGGAAACUCUCUAUUACUCUUGAGUCACAUCUCAUUUUCGACCAUUUGAUUACCCACUUACUCACCAGAUUUGGAAUUGAGUAACUUAUGGCUAUUUCCAAAAUUGGCUUUCAAAAUUGGAAUUGAUUCCAUUAAUACUAUUCAGAAGAAUAUGACCUACAUUCUGAUGAAAACUCCAAGAGAAGUUACUCAACUUCACCCUGUGGCUAUCCUCAACAGGGACCACACUCAUUAAUCACGUUAUUUUAUGAUUGCUAUUUUUAAAAAUCAGUCAUAAAAUCGUACGUCAUAGAGGUCCACCUUUUGGAUCAUAAAUUCCUUCCCUGUAACAUCCUUUGUCUACCCACCCCCUCAUGGUCCACCUUCACCACUAACAUCAUCAAGGUUAUUACACCUAUUUCAUUGAGCCAUUGGUACCUACUUGUCAUUUGUCGUCCUGGUUUCCUUGGUUAACUUUUUCAAAACAGUGCUUUCCAUUAUGCUUUAUUUUAUCGUCCCUUCUCUCUUUUCUUUGUGUUUUGCGGGGGGUUUUUGCCUAUAGAUUACCAUUCCUAAUUCCCUUGUAGUUGAAAUUUCAAGAAACCAGAAACUAAUAUACCUGGUUGUCUCUAGAUCCAUGCUCUCUGUUUAAGUUGUGCCUUACCAUAACUCUGUGCAAGAUACUAAUUCUGCCUGAGGCCAGUGCUGCCUAUGUACAGAUAUUACAUAGGAUGAGUACAUUGUCAGGGGGAGAAAAUGUGUGUAUGCAUGUGCUUGUACACACACACACACCCCUCUCAUAUAGCGUAGAAGAACGUUUGCCUUCUAUUUCAUUGAAAGCUCUUAGCAGAGCAACAUACUGAAAUAACUAUAGAUGUACCAGUUAACAUCUCUUUACUCAGAGUAAUGUGUAGCCAGCUUACUUAAAUCUCAGAAUUACUAUGCAUCUGGCAGAAAUUCAGAGAAAAGAAAAUAUAACCAGAAAGAUUAAUGUUAUAUUGGGAUGAAUGUGAGAAAAGACACGACUUGAAAAAACUAUCAAGGUUGAUUCAUCACACCUGUAGAAAUAACCAAGUAGUAUGAGACAGUAGAAAAAGGCUGUUGUUUCUUUGGGGCAUACGUAGAAGUCCAUUCUUGUUCUCCACUUCUUACUCAUAGCAUUAGAAUAUUGUUGGUCAGUCUAUAGGACCUUAUUUUGAGCUCCUAACUGUGAGGGACAUGCACUAAGUUCCUUUAUCCUGCAGAUUCUCUUUUUAUGCUAUUAAUCUGAAAUGCACUGUUCACCAAUACUUUCUUCUCGCAUCCUCAGCUUCUCAUUAUAGGACCUGAUAUGAUGAAGUGGUUCUUCUGUAACUCUGCUGCCAUCCAACAUAGUCCUAGGAGAGAGGCAUCUUAGGUUUCAAAGAUUUUCUCGGUUGAGCAAGGUGACAAUGCUAGAAUGUAUUGGUUGAUUCCCGUAUGGAACACUUCGCUUUGCACUUGGUUCUAAGUCUCUAGACAAUAAUAGCUGACAUUUAUUGAGCACUUACUAUGUGCCAAACCAUGUUAAGCAUUUCUCAUGCUUAUGAUAGAUAUAAUUAUUAUAUUCCCUGUUUUAUAGAUGAGAUGAGGCUUAAACAGUUGAAUGAGUUGCCCAACAUCACAUAGCUGGUAAGUGAUAGAGCUGGGAUUCUAACCUGUACAGUCUGAUUCUCGAGCCUGUGCUCCUGACCACCGUGCUACCAUAUCUCUAAUGGACACCCUAACGCUGGUCAGCCAUUUAAAAAUUAUGUAUCCCUGGUCAUAGGAGGUAUAGGGGAAGGGAAUGUGCAGUAUAGUUGUAAGUCCAUUACAAUUACUGGAAAAUUGGUUGAAAAAUGCCAUUUUGGUUUGUAAUUAUAUCAUCUUUAAGUGUUGAUACUUUUGAUGCUUUGUAGUACUAGAAAGCUAAAUUGUGCAAGUAAAACAUGUUUAAAAGGGUAACUGGGAGGAUGAAGCAAUAAUAACUUACAGUUUCAAAUACAUUUCUCUCUAAACUGCCCCAGGGAAAGUAGAAUGAUGGAGGGAAAUGAGAUAUCCAUGUACAAGGCCAGGCAGAUGGACAGUUAGGAUGACAAUAGUAUCUUCAUCUACAACAUAAAAUGUAGAAAUCCUUCAACUUCACUGCCCAUUUCCAACAACCAUUUUAUUUUUCUUCUAUCAGUCAUGAUUUUUCAAACAUGUCAUCCAUUGUUCAACCCCGUUUCCUCAUUCAUCUGUUUUUAAAACUUCUCUUUACUAGUUUUUGUACUCAGUAUUCCACUGAAAUGUUUUCAUAAUCACUAGUGGAUAAAUAUUAAUACCUUUUCUGGAGCUCUUAUCCUUCUUGGUCUAUAUUUCAUACUGUUGAAGUUCCCCUGCAUCUCAGGAAUUCUCUUCUCUGGCUUGUGGGAUCCUUUUUGGUCAUAUUUCUCCAAUUUCUAGCUUUUAUUUAUUGGUCUUUUUUCUCCUUCUCUCUACUGAAAAUAAUCCCCAUGUCUUAAUUUUAUUCACUACUUCUAUACUCAUUCUUAGUUAUCUAUUUUGAUUGUUUGCACUUACCUCCUAUAUUUCAGUAACUUAAUAUUUCCUACCUUGUGGGUCAUCUCUUAACUUGUGGACUUUUCCACAGGUCCCUACACAAUUUGGUAUUUGAAAACAGAACUCAUCUCUCUUGUCCCCAAGCUCCCAUUUUCCUUUUAAAUAAGCAUCGUUACUUAACUUCUUUACCCUGAAUAGACUCACUACUCUUCAUAUUUCUUAUCCUAGUCUUGGGUAAGUCUUUUUUUGCUCUCCACUCUCCAAAUCCAAAAUCUUGCUAAGUCAUUCAAAUUUUUAGUCAGUUUUCUCUUUGAGGUUGGAUCUUUUACAUUACUGCCAUCCUCUUGUAGCCCUCUGCAGCUCUGUAUCAUCUGAGGCCCAGGUUAUUGUAAUUCUUUCUUACCAGUUUCCUUGCUCUCAAGAUCCUCAUUUUGUAUGCUUCCAAGAUGGUCCUCCUCAAAAUCCAUUUUCGUUAGGUCUUUUUCACUCAAGAACACCUAGCACAUAAUUUCCUAUGAGAGCAGUGGUGUUCAGUGUUCUUCAUUACCUUGCCCUCCAUGCUUAAUCUGCCUCAGCCCCAUUAUUCUCCAGCAUAUUCACCUUGAUUUGUCACGUUCAAACUUCCUGUGGCCUUCCACUCUUGUCUUAUAAACCCUGCCUCUGUGCCUUUCUCAUGCUAUUCCUUUUGCUUAGAUUGCUCUUUGGCCCCAGCUCAGUUGAUCACUCCCUUCAAAGCCUUGCUUCCUUUAUAUCUUCUGAGUGAGCUCUCCCUGACUGACUUCACCUCAUACUGAGACCUCCCUUAUUCCGUGCUGCCUCAGCACUUAUCCUUUGAGUUUAUAUUGUGGUCCAUGCACUUACUAAUAUGUUGCUUUGUAAUUAUUUUCUAGCACUCUGUAUUGUGGUUUCACCUUUGUAUUUAUUUCCAAAUUAAAUUGUAAGCUCCUUGAGGGCAGGAAUAAUAACUUUGACAUUUGUAUCUCUGCACCCCCUAGUGCCUAGAACAGUGCUGAGCACACAGUAGGCGUUUAAUAAAUGCUUGUCGAAUUAUUGUGUGGAUUAUUUAUGGUGUUACCUAAAGAAAUUUUUAAGCCGUUUUCAAGGAUGUACUUUUCUUACCACUUUGUGUGCAGAUGUAUUUCCGUAGUACAUCAGUAACUGCCUAUACCUAAGACUAAGACCAAAAAAUCCAACUUUAGGAGAUUAUGUGUGAAAGCUGAAAUACGAAGCUCUCCAUUUGUUUGCCCAGACUUAUUUAUUGGUUAAAAAAGAAAGAAAAUAGGAAACUCUAAAGAUUACUGUGUUAAAGUUAUCAUUGCAAAAAUGCUUGAGGAUAGGGUUUUGUAUCUGAAGUUAGACCAGUGGUUCUCAACUGGAGAAAUCUGGCAAUGUCUGGAGACAUUUUUGGUUGUACCAUCAGUGGAUGGCUGGGAUGCUACUGUCAUUUAGUGGAUAGAGGCUAAGGAUGCUGCUAAAAACUGCACACACAGGACAGCCCCCACAACAAAAAAAUUGUCUGGCUCCAUAUGUUUAAUAGUGCUGAGGUUGAGGAACCCUGGUCUGGAUAUCUAAGAAAAAGAAUAGAGAUCAAAUAUUAACAUUACAAUUACAAAAAUUAGCUAUGCCAAGCUUUAAGAGAAUCUUAAGUGUGUAUAUAUUUUGUAGUUUAUAAGAUUAUUUAAAAAAAGCUUUAAUGUUUGGAGUUCACAGCAACAUACAUGUUGGGGUGAUGGUAAACAAUAAAAUUGCUGAUGAUGAUGUUCUAAGGUUGCUUUCAGUAUCAGAUCUGCCUCAAUCCUUAUACCAAGUGGAAGGUGUCAGAGGAGUAAAGUCUAGUUUUAGUCUUCCACAUCUUGGUGCAUUAUAUAAAAUCAAAGAUAAAACACUGGGGGCUAUCUCUUUAGCAGGGGGCCUGUAAAUCAUCAAAGAUUUACCUUUGGGGACAAGACAUAACCCUCAACAGUCCCUUGGCUUUUGUAUCUGAAGUUAGACCAGUGGUUCUCAACUGGAGAAAUCUGGCAAUGUCUGGAAAAUCAGCCACUGAACAGGAUUAAUUACCAACUCUCCAAGGAAACCACAAGCCAGAAUGUUGUCAGAGUUUGUCAAGUAAAACACAUUCCCACUUAGCAAGUUUUUAACAGACUGUUAAUCCUACUUAGGAAGGCAGAUAUGUAGGGGGAGAUGUGAUUUCCUAAAUUAAAUGGCUUAAAAGAAGACCUUUCAAAAAUAUGUCUCCUUUUGUAGCUCUAUGGUACUUCCUUCAACAAGUUUAAAAAGGAUCAAUCCCAGAGUUAGAAAAUCAGUUCAAUGUGUAACACACCAAAGAAGUAACUACAUUGCUCUGUUGUGUUUAAGUAUUCAUAGUCUGUAGAAUGCUAGGUUGGGAAGUGACUUUUGAGAUCAUUUUCCAACCUGUUCUCUAAAUAGAGGUCCAGAGAGUCCACCCAUUGCACUGGGUCACCCAUUAAGUUAGUGGUACAGGUGGAAAGAGAAUCCAGGUUUUCUGAGACUCUGCCCAUUUCUUUUUUGGCUGGGUAUGCCCUCAAGUCUGAACCUUGUUAUUGUAUGUUCUUAAUUUAUACUCUGCCACGGGAUGGAGUCAUACUUAGUGCCUCUACCUGUAAUGUUUCAUUUUAAGAAUUACUCCUUUUAUCAGCUUGUAUGUCCGAACCAGUAUACUGUCAUCCUGCAAAAACAGAAACCAGUUUAAGAAGCAAAGUGUUUAUCAAGGAACAAAGAAUUGAGAUUUCAGGAGCACAGAUUCAGGUAGAAACCCAAAUAGAGUCCAGUCCUGCUAGGGAGGACACUCAAAGUCCGGGGUGGUAAAGCAUUUUAAUUGGAGCUGGAGGCAGACAGCUAAUCUUGGGUAAAAAUUGAAUUUUGAUUGUAUCUUCAAAAAGUUCACAAUCAGUCUUUGUGAUCAGGAUGUCUGUUCUCCUGCUGACCUCUCAAACAAUUGCUUGUAAAACAAUUGUAGUUUUGGCCCAGUCCAAGGUUCAAGACAGCAAAGCAGUUUCUCCAGAGAGGCCAGCUCCAUUUUCAAAUAGCUCCACUCAAAUCAAUUUUGACAAUACUGACUGGUAUCUUGAGUUAAAUUCUUUCAUAAAUGAGUAGUUUGAGGGAUUUUUGCAGUAUCACAGUAAUGUUUUGAAAGCCCUGCUUUCAUGGGCCUGGUCCCUAAUCCUCACGAAAGCAGAGAAUAUGCAGCAUUGGCUUUCAGAUCACUAAUAGUGAAGACCAGGGCUCUUGCGGUCCCGCCUGCUGGUUUUAGGGGUCCUGUAGGGCCCACACUGGAGAUGUUGCCUUUUCCCAUAAGCAGUGUCUUUAAAUUCCAAGAUUCAAGGGUGGUCCUACCCUGGGUAAAAUCAGGAAGCAAAAAUCACUUUCGGUGAAGGGUGAGGUAGGAAAGCCAAGUCUUGCGGAUGGGCCUGGGGUAGAGGCGGUCCCAGAAGGAUCGACCAGGACCUGGGCCUGAGCUCGAGACAGCCAGCCGGGAGCGAAACCAGGCCCCGCCUGGAGAUUUCCGGGCUCCUGGGCCCGCCCCGGAAGUGCUGAGAGGGACUUCCGCCCCGUAGGGAGCGGAAGGAGCUGAUUGCUGUUCUCGGUCUAGGGCCGACUGCUCUGCGUUUGGGCGGUGGCGCGGUGGGCGUUGUUCAGCUGCAACCUCUCAGAUCCUCUCUCGCGAGGCAGGCCCGGGUGGAGUGCUGACGGGAAGCUAGUGAGGCUGCCCAUCUUGGGACCGUGAGGAUUAUGGCUAAAUGCAACAUUCCUAGGAAGGGUAUUUCACGCCAUUCAGUGCUGCUGGAGUCCACAUUUGGGACUGCUUCCCUCUCGGGAUUAUAACUUUGGUCUUUACGGUCUUCAGAGUUUUGAGGCCUGACAACAACGUGGACCCCUGAUAUAUUUGGUAUCACUGCGCAUCAGACCCUCAGUUCUCCUUUCCAAACAAAAAGAAGAAACUGCAAAUGACUGGAAAUUGUUAGGGGCUCUAAGUUUAAGAGAGACUUCCUCUUCCAAUUCUUCUUGUGCCCAUUACAUUACCUUUUGAUUGCAGAAUACACCUCUUUAUUUCAGCUUGGCAAUAAUUUAUUGCUCUUCCCCUUUAGCAGUCACUUUUCCAUCCACGCCAGGGCAGAACCACUUUCCAGCAACGGUGAUGCCGUUCUCUACUGACGACCGUGUCCAGGCCCUUGAAGAAAUGUUCUCGAAGAAGAGGCCCUCAAGAGGAAUCUUACUGCAUUUGGAAAGCUGCACGGCUGCAUUUUAGAGGAUCUGGUUUUGCUGGUUCCAAGGAUUCUGUUAGCAGAAAACUCGCUCUGAGCUGGCUCCAGCAGCUCGGUUGACAAUGGCUGAGGUCAAUUCCCCAUCAUUCUUCCUGAGGAGCGCUAGGUCUGGGAGUGGGAGCAGCGUGCGGUGGGGGGUAGGGAGUUGUUGGGAAAGUGGCUACCUGGACGACCCGAAGAGUGAGUUGGAUGAACCCAGAUAGCAGGAAGGGAAGAGAGAGGUAUUUUUCAAGUCAUCUUAAAGCUUUUAGUCUCUUAGGGAUUCUUCUCUUCUGUUCUCUUGUUUAGGCAUUUAAGUCUAACGGGCUUUUGUCUAAGGGCUUUAAAAUGGAGCCAGGAAGCUAUUAAGGAAAUGGGUCUUAUAGACGUCCUCACGGAGCAGAACAUGAACUUUUUAACAGAGUUAACACUGCAAGAAACCUGCGGUUGGUCACAGUGACGAACUUUUGCCUCCCUCUACCUAGCCUUAGCAAUCAAUUAUGUUUUGCCAAGAUUAGCUUUCUGCCGCCAACCCCAAUUAAUAUUGUUUGUAAUGCAAACCUCCCUCUUUUGCCUUUAAAAGCCUCUGCCUCUUACUCCCUAGCGGGACAUUAUUUGAGUUGUUACCCGGAUCUGUGUACCUUGAAUUGCAAUUCUUUGAUCCCAAAAUAAACGCCUCUCUGCCUCUCAUUUUUAGCUCUUUAUUUUUAGGUUAAAAAACUUAAUUUCUCUGUCCCUCCAUUUCCUCAUCUGUGAGGAUGAUAAAAGCACCUGCGUAGAGAUGUUAUCAAGAUUACAUGAACAGUACUUGAUACAUAAGAAGUCCUACCUAGAUUAUUUGUUGUAAUUAAUUCUUCCUCUCCUUAUUUCCCUGGGACUGGCCUGCUCUGCUGAUUUAUUUGUUUAUAUGGUGAUUUAUUCACAAUUUCAUGUAUUUAAUUUUCCAGAUUCCAGCUCUUGCAUGCAGUUAAGAAGUAAUCUAGCAAGAAAUGCCAGCUCUGGGAGCAGGAGAAUCACUGUCUCUCUAGCUCCUACUCCGUAAUACACCACUGAAAUAUCAAUUAUAGGGAUCCUUCCCCCUAAAGAAGAGUUGGCAUCAACUCUCGAACCACCAAGAAGGAAGCCUCCGCGAUCCUAGAGCGGCCCCCAGGUGCCCAGGGGCGGGGUUCCGCGGAAGGCGACCUCUCCAGGCCAGUGGUGGCCUGAGUCGGUCGUCAGGUUGUGUAACUGCACAUCUCCAGGAUGGAGGUUUGCAAACAGAGUCUUCUGGGUGGAGAACACCCUUCUGGGAUCAGCACUGAAGAGAUGCCAUAUGCCACCCCAAACCAGCACAGUUGAAUCUUAAGCAGUAACUGAUGGUGAUUCAGACCUUAAACAAGGAGUCCAUGUCAAAGCAGAGUUUUCCAGAAGUCCAGCACAGAGGAUGAUGCCUUAAGGACUAAAUGGGAACAUUCCUCAGGGGCUCCACACUGGACAAGUCCACGGGCUUCUGAAUAGUUUGCCCAAGUGAGGGAGGAGCUGCUUUGAUGAAGCACAACCUAUAUUGCCUCAAGCCAAGGAGAGGAUCACUCUGAGGGAGAGACCUAAGACACCUGGGAAAAUUCGCCCUGAAGUUCAGUCCUGUCAAUGCUCUGGGAGUGGGAAAUACUUCAUUCAGCUUGCACAUGAUUUUCAAUUUCAACUGUAAUAAAAGCAGCAGCCCCCCAAUGUAAAGUGAGUGGAAAAGUCAUUGUUCCAAAAAUAUCCCUCCCUUAUAAAACAAACCCUGACCCACCAGCAGCCCUAAAUAAACACCAGCAUAUCCAACCUGGAGGAAAGCCCAAUGAGUAUCGAGCCUGGAAAGACCUUCAGUGUAUACCUAAGUCCCAUUAAACAACAGAGGAGCCAUCCUGGAGAAGACUCCCGUGAGAGUAAAGAAUGUGGCAAAAUCUUCAGGUACUGGAAUGAUCUUGUCAGACAUCAGAGAAUCCUUGUGGAUAUCUUCAGUAUCAGAAGACUGUAUGUGAGCUCAAGUCUCAUUAAACAUAAGCAAAUUCAUUUUGGACAGGAGCCUUAUCUAUGUCAUGAAUGUGGCAAAGCAUUGAAGUUCUGUGAUAGCUUUGUUAAACAUUAGAGAAUCUGCACUGAAGAAGACCCAAGGGUGUGAAGAGUAUAGUAAAGGGUUCAUUGUGUUUCAACUCUGGUCACCAACCAAAGAACCCAUGCUGAAAAGUACCAUUGUGAAUGUGGUGAGUGGGGCAAGACCUUCAUUUGGAAGCCAGCACUUAGUAAUUACCAAAAAACCCACACUGGAAAGAAACCCCAUAAAUGUAAAAACAUAGGAAGGCCUUCACUAAAUGCUCAAUC